AUGUCAGCGACGACGACCGUCGACCCGCCAGCCACUGCUAAUGUUAGUGUGUACCGCGGUCGCUGCAAGUACAAGAGCGGGCGGUGCCCAAACGAGCGCACGCUCAAGUACAACGGCGACAUCCACACGCUCUGCGAGGAGCACCGCCAGCGCCACAACCAGAUCCAGUGCAAGUCCGACACCAAAAUCCGGUUUGUCAAGCGCCAGAAAGCACUUCUCAACAAGCUCACGGCCGCGUCGCCACAGAGCAGUACCACAAAUAGCAAGCGACGUCCGCCGUCGGCCACUGUGACCCUGAUCAAGCAAGAGCAACGUAUGGACGAGAUGGCACUGCAGACGCCGCCGAAGAAGCUCCAGCCACUCGAAUUCACCGCGCCGUCCUUCGACUGGUCGGACGAAGAGACGUUCAUCUUUACGAAUCUCAUGGGCGUCGCGACCGCGACCACCGAAGCCUUUGUGUUUAGCGUCUAGACGCACAAGCUGUUUAUUUAACCUCCUGUAACCUGUACUACACCCAAC